GCAGAUAAAACAGGUGCGCUGCGGCAGGUAGAGACGCAUUGUCCGGUCACAGCUGGGGCAGAGCUAGAAACACCACCAAGACUCCACAACCGAGACUCACCUGCACAGAAAUGGAUGACGACGUUGCUGCCCUGGUUGUUGACAAUGGCUCCGGCAUGUGCAAGGCCGGUUUCGCCGGUGACGACGCCCCCCGUGCCGUCUUCCCCUCCAUCGUGGGUCGCCCCAGACAUCAGGGUGUGAUGGUGGGAAUGGGACAGAAGGACAGCUACGUGGGAGACGAAGCCCAGAGCAAGAGAGGCAUCCUGACCCUGAAAUACCCCAUCGAGCACGGCAUCGUCACCAACUGGGACGACAUGGAGAAGAUCUGGCAUCACACCUUCUACAACGAGCUCCGUGUUGCACCGGAGGAGCAUCCAGUCCUGCUGACCGAGGCUCCCCUCAACCCCAAGGCCAACAGGGAGAAGAUGACACAGAUCAUGUUCGAGACCUUCAACAGUCCUGCCAUGUAUGUGGCCAUCCAGGCCGUCCUGUCGCUGUACGCCUCCGGUCGUACCACAGGUAUUGUGAUGGACUCUGGUGAUGGUGUCAGCCACACUGUGCCAAUCUACGAGGGUUACGCUCUUCCUCACGCCAUCCUCCGUCUGGAUCUGGCUGGCAGAGAUCUGACUGACUAUCUGAUGAAGAUCCUCACUGAGCGAGGCUACAGCUUCACCACCACUGCUGAGCGUGAGAUCGUGCGAGACAUUAAGGAGAAGCUGUGCUAUGUGGCUCUGGACUUCGAACAGGAGAUGCAGACCGCACAUACCUCUUCCUCUCUGGAGAAGAGCUACGAGCUUCCUGACGGACAGGUCAUCACCAUCGGCAACGAGAGGUUCCGCUGCCCAGAGACGCUGUUCCAGCCUUCCUUCAUCGGAAUGGAGUCAUGUGGCAUUCACGAGACGACCUACAACAGCAUCAUGAAGUGCGACGUGGACAUCCGUAAGGACCUGUACGCCAACACUGUGCUGUCCGGUGGCACCACCAUGUUCCCCGGCAUCGCUGACCGCAUGCAGAAGGAGAUCACCGCCCUGGCCCCACCCACCAUGAAAAUCAAGAUCAUCGCUCCCCCAGAGAGGAAGUACUCCGUCUGGAUCGGCGGCUCCAUCCUGGCCUCCCUCUCCACCUUCCAGCAGAUGUGGAUCAGCAAGCAGGAGUACGACGAGUCCGGCCCCGGCAUCGUCCAUCGCAAGUGCUUCUAGAAAGCUACCCUAGCCACACCGUCCGUCUCCUCUACCCCAGCGGGGAAGUUUACCUGCUUCACAAUAGUUUCAUUCAGCUGGAACGGUCUCCGGUUUGUCCUCUGUGAACGGACUAAAAGAUACGAGAUGCCACACAGAAGAUGAAUUGAGCGACUGUUCACAUUUUAAUGUCUGUAGUUGCUGAACCUUCUUCAAACCAUUUUUGCAAUGUGUUCCUCUGACUCUGCUCACAGCUUUCACUCCUUCUGGUGAUUUAACUACUGAUGGUGAAAGGAAAACGAACAGUAUUAUCACAGAACAUCAUUUUCUACCUCUAAAGAUUGAAUGCAAUAAAUUGCACAUGAAUAUUCUGCUGUUCCACUAACUCGUUCUGUUUAUCGACUGUAGAGUUGAGCUGUAUCAUGUUCACUGAUCAAUAAACAACAAUCACUUGAUGUUGACAGCUUC